AUGAAGACUAUUUCUCGUCAGUGCAUUUGGAUUGCUUACAAUGUUCGUGUCAUUUUGUCGGUAUCUGAAAUUGUCGCUGAGCUGAGAGAACCCGGACAAUCCGGCAGGUCUGGAAACGGGCGGAAUCGAGACCCUGUACCCUCCACGGAGUGCGAUCGCCGGGCCUCACCUUACGACCCCGCUGUCCACCAGUGGAAUUACCGUUCCAAUCGGCAGGAGGCAUAUGGACUUCCGUGCUCGCGGAGGCCCUUUCAUGAGAAGAUGAACAGAAGCGGCCCUUGUGUGAGGAGGAUGUGA